UUAUUGGAAUGAACCAUGGAGCAAGGUCUAAGACAAGCGAGGUGGUUAUAAUAAGUACUUUCAAUUGUUGUUUACUUUCUUUAAAAAUUGAAUGUGAGCUGCAAAAAUGAAUUCGAAGAAGAAUAAAUUGCCAAAAAAGAUAAAACAUUCCAAAAAAGACACAGACAUUAACCAUGAGGACAAUCAUAUGAAGCUCCUCCCAGACGCUGAGGAAAACAGUGAAUUUGUGAGUGAAACUGUAUUAAAUCCAGAAUCCCAUGAAGAAUCUCGGAAACCUAAAAAAAGAAAGGGUUUAGAAGCAAUUGAAGCUGAACCAAAGAAGAAAAAGAAGAAAAAAAAAGAAAAUCCAGAUGAGCAACAAAAUGUACAAUACAUUGAGGAUUUGAAAGAAAACAAUAACCGGAACGCAGAAAUAUUAUCAAAAGGGCCAAAACACAAAAUUAAAUCAAGUAGUCAUGAGGAUGUUACUUCAUCGUCUUCAUCGGAAGAAAAACAUAAGAAAAGAGUAAAUGAUAAUCUCCACAGUGCUUCAAAGAGUGAAGACAACAAAGAUUCAAAAAAGCGAAAAAAAAAGAAAAUAAUAGAAUCCGAUUUAGAGAAAGAAGAGGAUAGAAAUGAAAUGAAUCAUUGGGAACUUUAUGAUGACCUUAAUUUACCUAGAGAAACAUCAUAUAAAGACGAGGAUUCAGAGCAUUAUUUUGACAAUGAAGAAGCAGAGGAAAAUGAAAAUUAUUUUCUAACUGACUCACCCAAGGAAAAACUAGACCUUGAACAUUUGGAUCAGGAGAAUUCAAAAAAAGACCACAUAAAAAAUAAAAAAAGUCAAAAAGUGCAAAUUCAUUGGCCUACAGAUGAUCUUAGUGAAUUGGUGCGUAGAAUAGAAUGUUGUAUUCCGUUGGGUGAUAAUAUGAGUUAUAAAAGUCGACUUGCUAAGUUGGAAUGGGAAAAAGUACCCUUUAAAAAUUAUAACCUAGACGAGUGUCAAAAAGUUUGGGCGCAACUAGAAAAAAAAGUUAGACACUACCGUCUUCUUAUCGAAAUUUUACAGGAUGUUAAGCAAGUUAUUUCACUACCUGAAAAAUCGACACGUGGAGUUUUGAAACACAAAAAACAUCCAGAUAUGCCUAAACGACCUCUUACAUCCUACUUCCUGUACUACAUACAAAAGAAGGACAAAAUAAUAAGGGAACACCCAGAUAUGGUUAUGAUUGAUGUGAACCGUAUAAUUAGCGAACAGUAUAAAAAAUUGCCACCAGAAAAAAAGGCCAAAUAUGAUAAAUUAGCUGAACAAAAUAAAGAGGAAUACAAAAAACAGUUGGAGGAGUUCUAUGCUACUCAUCCUGAAGUGCCAAGACAAGUAAAUCUCAAAAAAGGUAAAGAACAAAAGAAGUUGGGAAAAAUUAAGGAAAAACCGACGAAGCCUCCAAAACGACCGGAAGCUCCAUUUAAGCUGUUUUAUCUGUCGGAGUAUGAUAGAGAACAAAUAACUGAUAGGGAUAAGUCGGAGUUUAAGGAAAUAUGCAAAGAAAAGUGGAGGCACAUGUCUGACAAAAAGAAGAUGUACUGGAUCAACUUCGCAGAGGAUAGAUUUUUAGAAUACCAAGUGGCCAUGAAAGAAUAUGUCGCGAAGCAUCCGGAAUAUGUGCAUAACGCUCCCGUAAAGCAUUUUUUAUCCAAGGAAGAAUUGGCCCUAAAGGAAAGAGUCGCGGGGAAACCACGAAAACCUCCCAGUUCCGCUUACGGACUCUUUGUUAGUGAAAUGUUGCAAACUGCCCAAAUCAAAGCUAUUCCUGUACGGGAAAGAUUAAAUUAUGUUUCUUCCAAGUGGAAAGAUUGUUCCGCUACUGAAAAAGAACACUAUAAAGAGUUGGUAUCCAAAUUGAAUGAUGAAUAUCAAACUGCGUUCCUUGCUUACAUAGAUACUCUACCGGAAGACAAACGACAAGGCGAACUGUUGCUUAACCUACCGAAGAAGAAGAAAAGUGAUAGUGAAGCGAGCAAUUCGAAGAAACGCGCAAAAACAGAAGCGCGGGAAGAAAAGUUUGAGGAACCAGAACAACCGCCAAGGUCUUUGUUUAAAUAUUUCGCGAAGCAAUAUACGGGAUCGGAAGCGGUUACGGAAGCAUGGAAAAACAUUUCAGCCGAGCAAAAGGCAAAUUACAAAAAAGAGUUGACCGAGAAGAAGCAACAUUAUAUAACUGAGUUUGAAAAAUUUUUGAAGAGUCUUACUAAGGAAGAACUAGAGGAGUUCUCGAGGACGAGAAAGCAGAUCGUCGAAGAUAGCGAUGAAGAUGACCCGGACAGCGUCGAAGAAGAGGAUUCUGAUGACAGUUUUGAUGACUCCGAGGGUUCUGAUGAUUCCGAAGGUUAAACAUUGAGUGUCGUUACAGUAAAAAUUUUUAUAUACUACAAUGUGUUUCAUAGACGCAUAAGUUGUAAUAGUUUGAAUAAUCUUUUCCUUUAUAAGGAUAUAUCAUAUUUUGGGCUUUGCAAAUAUUUUGUGAAUUAUGCUAUAUGAUGUGUAAUUUGCACUGCGUUUAUUGGAGUUUGGUAUAUUUACCUUACUCGAUUCUAUAGUACCAUUCUGUUUGUGUCGUGUAUAUAACUAGAGUUUU